CACCUCACCAAACACCAACCCUAGUACAGCAGCGGGUAGGAAUUGCGAGAAAGAACUUUUGACAGGAUUGUGAAGGAAAAACAUCGAUCAGACUCCGGGAAAGACUUUUAUCUACUGAUACUGAACUCUUGUUGGACUUUCACUGGUUUGUUUGUUUAUUUUUCCGAGUGAUUUUUACAUUUGGGAACACUGUUAAGAGACGACGAGUGCCUGAAUUCAUGCAUGCUCUCUGCUGACACAGAUUUUUGUUGAUUACCCAGAGACUGUGUUUCUGUAAGCAGCUGGUAAGCUCACUUUUUUCCUACGACUUUAUGUCUACAAAGAUGGAACAGCCUUUUUAUCAUGACGACUCUUUUCUGUCGGCUUACGGCCACUCAGAUGCAGCAAUGCACGACUGCAAACUGCUAAAGCAGAAUAUGAAUUUGAACUUGACAGAGCCCUAUCGUAACCUGAAAUCCCAGCUGAGAGCCGAGACAGACCCGUACCACGGGGGACAGCAAGACGUGGGGUCUCUGAAGCUCGCAUCCCCAGAGCUCGAGAAGCUCAUCAUCCAAAACAGUAACGGUGUGAUCACCACUCCCACUCCGGGUCAGUACUUCUACAACCGCGGCAUCACCGAUGAGCAGGAGGGCUUCGCUGAGGGGUUUGUGAAAGCACUGGAUGAGCUCCACAAGAUGAACCAGAUGCCUCCUCCUAACGUGUCCAUCGGAGCCGGUGGCGUUACGACGUGUUCGCCGGCGGCCUCUAGCGUCUUCGGCUCCGCCUUGCAGCCCGAGCCCCCUAUCUACACAACACUGAACGCCUACUGCCCGAACACAAGCCUCUCCUCCUCAUCCAGCUACCCCACAGCCACCAUCAGCUACCUGCCGCCACACCAGCAGAGCCACCAGCACAACUCAACGCACGGCACGCACCCUUUCCAGCACACUCUCCCCGUCUCCGGACUCCAUCCACAGCGGCUCGUCACUUUGAAAGAGGAACCUCAGACCGUGCCCGACCUCCUCAGCAGCGACGGCUCCCCUCCGAUGUCCCCAAUUGACUUGGAGACCCAGGAGAAGAUCAAAGCGGAGCGCAAGAGGCUGAGGAACCGACUAGCCGCGACCAAAUGCCGGAGGCGCAAGCUGGAGCGCAUCGCCCGGCUGGAGGAGAAGGUGAAAGUUUUAAAGAACGACAACGCGGGACUCUCCAACACGGCGUCAGUGCUCCGAGAUCAGGUGGCCCAGCUCAAACAGAAGGUCCUGACACACGUGAGCAGUGGCUGCCAGCUGAUGCUUACAAGCAAGAUGGAGGCGUUUUAAACACCAGAGACUACUAAAAAUGACUGAAAAGUAAUAACACUGGAGUCAUGUUCUGCAUGCGCAGCACUGGAAUACCGGCUCAUGUGUAGUCAGCAACACAGGACCGAGAGCUAGGUGUGGACAAUACUGAAAGGCAUUUAGGGUGAAAAGACUGAUUGAAAUGGUACUUCCGGAUGCUGGACACCGCUCAUAGGACCAUUCAACCCUAGAAACCAGGGCAGCAUCCAGACUGAGCAGACACUGAGCAUCACAGUGGGCACAGGCCCAUAAGUCGGGUUUACUAAUGGUAGAAAAUGGGAACGAUUAUUGUUUUACUUUGUACUUUUUUGCAGCUGAUAUUGUCAUGAGAUGCUGCAUCUAUUCAUUGUGUAAAUUAUUUUGUUUGUCUGGUUGAUCCAGACAAACUGAUGAUGUCCAAUGUUUACAGUGUCUUUUUCUUUCUUUUUUUUUAUUAUUUGUGAUGUAUAUUUAAGUAAAGUGUC